AUGAUCUCGGCCGUUCUCAUUUAUGGCGGCAAUAGAGGUGAGGUUCUUGCCUCGCGUAUUUAUAAAGACGGUCUAAGGCGAGCAAUCACCGAUGCAUUUCGUGUUCAAGUCAUCUCGAACCCGGAAAACAGGUCGCCCUUGCUCACGCUAGGCUCUACGUCUUUCCUCCAUAUCCGCCAUGGAGACUUGUACAUUGUCGCGGUCACGCGUCACGAUGUCGAUGCGAUGCUUGUUUAUGAGUUUCUAUACAAGUUCACCGACUUGUGUGUGUCGCAAUUUGGAACUUUUGACGAACAAGCUUGUCACAAAAACGUAACCUUACUAUACGAACUCCUGGACGAGUUAGUAGACUUUGGCUACCCUCAAAACACAGAUGCAGACGCCGUGAAGCAGCUGCUUGCCGGUACUAGCAAUUCCAGUCAAGGAUCCUCGUUAUUUCCAAGGUCACUCAUGUCAAAGUCCAGCUCGUCAUCGAAAUCGCAACCCACAGCACCAUCCAACCAAGCGACCCAGCAAGCGACGGGGUCGGUAUCGUGGCGACGUGAAGGCAUAAAGUAUCGACGGAACGAGGUGUUUGUCGACAUUUUCGAAAAUUUUAAUCUGCUCACUGAUUUGCGGGGAAAUGUUAUCAGCUCGACAGUCGACGGAAAGAUUCAAGUCAACAGCCACUUGAGUGGUAUGCCUCAGUGCCGAAUUGGGCUGAAUGAUCAGAGUGGUCACGAAAUCGACACAGAGUAUGAUGAAAAUGACGACAAGUCUAGUCCUAGAAGUCGUCAUACCGUGAAAAUCACCGACUUCCAAUUACAUCAGUGCGUUGAUUUGGCACGGUUCAAUCGUAACCGCACAGUGCUUUUUGUCCCUCCAGAUGGCGAAUUUGAGCUCAUGCGUUAUCAAGUCACAGAUAAUUUGAAAGCUCCUAUCAAUCUUCAGGUUGAUGUGGAUAAGAGCGGCGCAACCAUCCACUACAACAUUAGAGCCAAAGCCACUUUUGAAAAUAAACUGGUAGCUGGUGAUGUGACGAUUUAUGUUCCUGUUCCACCGAACACUACUAAAGUUAACAGUAACGGUACUGGCAAAACAAAAUACCAGUCGUCAGACAAUCGCGUAAUGUGGAAAAUUGGUAGAUUCACCGGUGGUACUGAUGCAUCCUUCGAAAGUACUAUCAACUACACCCAGAGCAACAUGCCCUGGAAUCCACCUCCCAUUAAGGCUGAAUUUAGCCUGAGCCAAUACUGCGGCUCCGGAUUAUCUGUCAGAUACCUGAAAGUGGAAGAUAAGAGCAAUUAUACUGCCCUCAAAUGGGUCCGAUAUUUAACCCGUGCCGGUAGCUAUGAGACAAGAAUAUAG